CCCACAUUCCUUUCAAGCGCUGCUUGAUACUUACAUUGGGAUUCGUCAUUGUCUUCAUUCUUCUUUUUCUACUUAUUGAUUUUUCUUUAAAAACAUUUCCAAAGGGAAACCCCUCACUUUGCUUAUAUACUCUUACUUUUUGUUAUACCGGGGCGUAUAUCUGCCAAUAUCUUCCUAGAUUUACAAACCAAUCCAGGUGUCAUUAUGGCUAAACGCAAUCACACUGACAAAGAGACUGCUGAUCAGCGACCAAAUCCUGAUAAGCGCACAAAGCAUUCCAACGAUGAGGAGGAUCUGGGGGUGAGGGCGUCUGAAAAAGAUACAUCCGAUGCUAGUUCUGCCCUUAGCUCUGUAUCUCAAUCAGAGUCCGACCAGUUCCUUGCAACGAAUUCUAUAAAGAUUACAGAUUCACUUCCGGGGACACCUAUUCCGCGUGCAAUUAUUUCGUUCGACCAAUUGUCCCCGUGCAACAACAGCCUCUAUGCUCCCUUGGCCUCAUUUCAAUCACCGACCCCAAUUCAGUCAGCGACAUGGCCACUUUUGUUCGCUGGUCGUGAUGUCAUUGGUAUUGCAGAAACUGGAAGCGGGAAGACCCUUGCAUUUACCUUACCAUGUCUAAAGAAAAUAUUGGACUCCAAGAGGAAAAGUAAACCUUACAGACCUGCAGCUGUGAUAAUCUCUCCCACAAGAGAACUUGCCAUGCAAAUAUAUGACCAAGUCCUGAAAUUUGCACAGUCCGUGGACAUUGAUGUGGCAUGCAUUUUCGGGGGAGUGAAAAAAGAAGAGCAGCGAGUGGCUCUAAGAACUGCGGCCAUUGUUAUUGCGACUCCUGGUCGUCUGAAAGAUCUUCAAAAUGAUGGUUCAGUAGUGUUAGGGAAAGUCAAGUAUCUCGUCUUAGAUGAGGCGGAUCGUAUGCUAGACAAGGGAUUUGAACAAGAUAUUAAGGAUAUAAUUCGCCCCAUGCCCGUAUCUCGUCGUCAAACGGUUAUGUUUACAGCAACGUGGCCGCCGACAGUGAGGGAUCUUGCGGGAAAAUUUAUGACUUCACCAGUCACUGUGACUGUUGGUGGUGACCCAUCUGCGGACCCCAGAGCAAAUACGAGGAUCAAGCAGAUUGUUGAGGUGAUUAGUCCAAGGGAGAAAGAAUCGCGGCUUUUGCAACUGCUGGACCAGUCUCGAAGAGAAGCCGUCGACAAAAUUCUAGUGUUCUGCUUGUACAAGAAGGAAGCUGUACGCAUUGAGAAUCUUAUAAGACGCCGAGGAUUCAGAGUUGCUGGUAUUCAUGGUGAUUUGAAUCAGCAAAAGAGAUUCGAAAGCUUGAAUGCGUUCAAAUCGGGGGCCGCUACAAUCCUUGUUGCGACUGAUGUCGCAGCGCGUGGCCUUGACAUCCCUUCUGUGAAAUUAGUUAUCAACGUCACAUUUCCCCUGACGGUGGAAGAUUAUGUUCAUCGAAUAGGCCGAACGGGACGGGCUGGAGCAGAGGGCCGCGCCACUACAUUCUUCACAGAGAACGACAAGACCCAGUCAGGAGCGCUUAUCAAUGUCCUAAGGGAGGCAAAGCAAGAAGUACCAGAGGCCCUCCUUAAGUUUGGGACCACUGUUAAGAAGAAGCAACACGAUGUCUAUGGUGCAUUCUUCAAGGAUGUUGACACCAGCAAGUCGGCAACAAAGAUCAUAUUCGAUGACUGA